CGGCGCCAUUUACUCGAUUGAUGGAUAUGGUUGCGGUAUGUACGGCACGAGAUUCAAAAAGAAACCGAAGACAAAAGAAACAAUUGGGGAGGGAUCCACCCUCUCCUAGAAAAAAAGAAGAAAAACAAAACAAAACAAAACAAUCACUGGAUUCAACCGGAGGAGGAGCUUGGAUGCCCCGCCCAGCAGAAGAAACAACCGGGACGAAACCAGCACCAGCCCCGAGACCGAUUUUGGUUCAGUGAGUCCCUCGGCGGCAUCUCAAAAGUGUGGCUUCUUGUGUUCGCUCUCUCUUCGUCUUCUAAGUUGACCGUUACGUCUCGCCCGCUGUCCUUUUCACUCUGCCGGACGUCUGUUUUUUUGUUUUGUUGUUGCUUCGUAGCCGCCGAAAUUAACGACUGCAUUCUCCAUUCAUCCAUUUCCGAUCGUCAACAAAAUUGGAUCAAAUCGGGUAUAGACAUCUGCAAUAAUGUUUCAUCAUCACCAUCAAAACCUUCCGUCGCAUCAUCACGGAGGAAACGGCGGCAGCGGUAGCAACGGCGGAGGUGGAGGCGGAGGUGGAGGAAAUGUGAGUCCGUCCACGGCCGAUCAGCAACAUCACAAUUAUUUGGCCUACAUGAGUGGCCGGGCUGCGGUGGCCGCUGCGGCAGUUGCCGUCGCAGCCGCCGGAUCGAGCGGAGGCCUCGCAAAUUCUGGCUCGUCCGGUUCAUCAGCUGGAGCUUCCUCCAGCAUGUUGACAGCGGCUGCAGCUGGAUCCAGUGGCAGUAGUAGCACCGGCAGUCCUUCCGGUGGAGGAGUUCAUCUGAACGGACACAAUUCGGGUGGAUGGGCAUCAGCUGAUCAUAUCGGCAGUCCAGGAGGUUCCAUGUUUCAUCCAUCAGCCUCAGCCUACAAUCCGUCCGUCAUGUCCGGAAGAUUGGCUUUCUCGUCAUCCGGUUCGACAUCUGCCGCCAUCACCAGCUCGUCUUCUUCCGGCGGCAUUUGUUCUUCAGCAUCACCAUCCAACGCCGGAAUGAUUAGUUCACGUGAUUAUAACAAUAGCAGUGCCGGCGGAGCAACUGCAAGUUCAUCCUCAACAUCGACUGCCGUCGGAGUUUCAGCCGCAUCGUCCAUCCAUUCGGCCGCCUACUCCACCAUGUCUAUGGCUCUUCCGGCGGCCGCAGCCGCCGCCCUCAGUUCCACUGCAGCUUCGAGUGGCUUCGGCGCCUAUUCGGCUUACCAUCACCAUCACCAUGCAGCGGCUGCGGCUGCGGCCGCUGCUGCCGCCGCCGCCGCCAACCUGUCGCCCUGGACUCGAGGAGCCUACCACCAUCCGCACGACGGUUCGUUUCACCACCAGAGCUUCCAGCACCACUCCUCUUACGUGGAAGAUGCUUCUAGUUAUCUGGAAGGCCGCGAAUGCGUCAAUUGCGGCUCGAUUUCGACGCCGUUGUGGCGUCGCGACGGCACUGGCCACUACUUGUGCAACGCUUGCGGACUCUACCACAAGAUGAACAAUGGCAUCAACCGACCUCUACUGAAGCCUCCGCGUCGACUGAGUGCCACCAGGCGCUUGGGUCUAUGCUGUACCAAUUGCGGCACAACGACAACGACUUUAUGGCGCCGCAACGCGGAAGGUGAGCCCGUCUGCAACGCUUGCGGACUGUAUCACAAACUGCACGGCGUUAAUCGGCCGCUAGCCAUGCGAAAAGAUGGCAUUCAAACGCGCAAGCGCAAACCCAAGAGCAACUCUGCGGCGGCGGCAGCAGCGGCGGCUGUUGCGGCGGCGGCGGCAGCCAAUCACACGAAUUCGGUAGCUGCAGGAACGGCCUCAAUGGACCAUCAGCACUCCAGUAGCAUUGGCGUUGGCAUCGGCUCACAUCAUCACCACCAUCCCCAUCAGCACAACGGUUCCUCGUCGUCUUCAAAUCAUCUGAUCGGCGGCAUCAAAAUCGACCGGAUGCAAUCGGACUUGCAUUCGAAAUCAACAGAGCGAGAUUUACUGUCUUCCUCGAUGAACCACAGUGAUGCCGGUCAGCAACAACAGCAACAACAACAGGUCCGGCUUCACCACGGCCACGGACCGAUGAGUCACCACCAACACCACCAACACCCCUAUUUUGGGGCGGCGGCGAAGAGCUUGAAUUUUCCGUCUGUGCACCAUCCGCAUCAUCAGUCGGCUGCUGGAGCGGCACUAGGUGUCCAGCAUUCGCAUCACUUUGUUUCGUCGCCGCAUCACCAUCAAACGUACAUCAAACAGGAAGCCAGUGCCACAAACCAUCUCAAUGCUUUCUACGACAACUUUGUGAGCAUGACCGGCGGUUCGGGUCCACAUCAAACGCUGACGACAAAAUUGGCUUAAUCAAUGUGCAAUCAAGCCUUCAACAACAAGCUGACGAAGAUAUCAAGAACGUUGGCGUUUCUGGUGAAUAGAUUUCGGUUUUCCUUUCAUUUUGUUCUCGUGUUAGUGAAUUUAAAUAAUAAUAAUAAUAAUAAUAAUAAUAGUAAUAAAAAAUAAAAAAAUUAUUUGUUUGACCUUUUAGAAAUUUAUUCGAAAUGAUUAGUCUCUAGAGAUGAAUAUGUGACUACUGGGGAAACGGGAAGGCGCGUUGUUUAUAAUAACUGAUUGCGUCUCGUUGUGUUCUUGUAUGUCACAUUUUUGUACGGUUAUCGCAUUAUCUUUAUGGCGACCGGCAACUUUGAAAAUGAUUCAAUCGUACAGUUUACAUAUAUAGAAACAAAAUUUGUCUGGUUGUUUUUACUUUUUUAAUUGAAUACUGUGACUUUUUGGGUGCUGUUGAAACGUGACGACAUAAACAAAGUGCUGCUAUCAAUGUUCUCAUAUUCGGUGUUAUCAAUAAAUUUGCCAAAAAUUUAA